GCCUGCAGCAGAAUGUUUUCAGCGCAACAAAUACCUGAAAUUGUUGCAUUAUUUGAGGAGGCAGAUGAAGAUGGUGGUGGAGGUUUGGAUAUGGAAGAAUUUUGUGUUUUGUUUGAAAAGAUGUACCCCUCUGUUAAGAAGGAGGAACUUACAGUCCUACAUAUGCAGAUAGAUACCAACUGUGACGGUACAGUUGACCUGGUAGAGCUUUUAGACUUCUUAAUAGCUAAGGGCAAUGCAUCGGCAGGGUUGGACUUUAAAAGACCAUUCCCUAAACCUGUUGAAUUUAUACCUGUGGGUCACUAUAAAGAAAUUGUUGGUGUGAUCUUCCGUCCCUUCGAGGACGUCAAACCUGAUUUUAGUUUCAGAGAAUUAGACGAAACCAGCACUUACCAGAGAGGCCAAUACAUCUCUGUCAGCUCCGAUGGUGUACUCACCUUCUGGACGGACCGCUGUACAGAUCCAUUCACCAUACCUCUAUAUGUGAAAGAAAAUGCACUUCCUUUUUCACACCACAAGAAAAUGUCUGUUAAUAACAUGCAGUACAUUCAAGAAUUGAAACAGCUGGCUAUCUCCACCUCUGACAGAGAGCUUUUAUUUUAUGACUGCUCUGAAAUACCCUCGCUUUUUUCAGUUAACCACACUCUGAUGCUAGAAGAAAGCAUUGUCAACACCAUUAACUACUGGUCAAAUGGCACUAAAGCAAUGUUUGCAUUUGGUGAUGUACAAGGGUUUUUGACUGUUUUCAUCUCCUACAACGUAAAGAAAAAUGGCCUCUUCAACCGUGGCGUAUUUGAAAAAAUCUCUCUGCAUGAUUAUCCUACAGUAUACAUUUCCAACCUUCUAAACAACCAUUCAAAAGACUUUCUUUGUCUUAAAGUCUCAAUUUUGAGUGACAUAUGCAGCCAGAUCCAAUACUUUCCGGAUCUUAACUCAUUUGCCAUUUGUGGAAGUUUAUCCAAGACAAUGGUCCUGGGCCUACCAAACCCACCCAGAACCACUUUUUCAAAAUCAAUCUUUAAGAGCAGUGGAGAUGAGGGGUUUUUCACCUGUGUUGAAUACUCUCCUUCUGCUGAGUUAUUGUUGACUGGUGGUACAGAUGGCUUACUACGGUUGUGGUUACCCCACAAAAGAGACACCUGCCAAAAGUCUUUGGUGGGACACGUCAGGCCCAUUACAAACAUUGUCGUAAACAGAAUGGACCGAACUGUCAUCACUUUAUCUGAUGACAAAAAUGUUCGUGUUUGGUCUUUGAAGAGAUUGGAGUGUAAGCAAAGCAUCGAGAUUCAAGGCAUGAGACCAGCUCGUAUCUCCAGUAUGUGUUACAACAUACUUAACAAUGAUUUAGUUCUGGCUAACACAGAUCUAGUCAAAUAUUUUGGUAGGGGAACAGAUGCUUUUAAAGAAACAUUAACAUCCCAUGACAAGCCCCUGUGCAAUGCUCUCUAUCACAGCAUUUACAAAAAGGUUGUCUCUGUUUGUCGAAAAGGUGAGGCUACACUUUGGGAUGUCUUAACAGGAAUGGCUGUCAUGCAGUUUCAGGUCACUCCAUAUGGGGGGCACACUGCCAUUGCAUUUGAUAUACCACAGCGGAGACUAAUCACAGUUUCCAAGGACGGGAAAUUAAAACUGUGGAACUUCAUCACUGGAGUUUUGCUUGAAGAAUUUCCUGUACCUUGCCGUGAGGUGACAGGUAUUGUCUGCAUGGACGAUAGUGUGUUUGUGUCGGGAAGGAACUCCAACAGAAUUUGUGUCGUGGGUUUGGAGGGUUAUGACAACAUAUUUUUGGAACAUGAUUAUUUAAAUGACAUUUGCUCAAUGGAUGUGCACGACAACACACUUCUUGCGGCCUCUUGCAAUGGAAAUAUUGUAAUGUGGGAUGUUGAAUCUAGGGAGGUUCUCUACUGGCUGAAUGGCAGUCAGAGCCCUCGAACUUACAUUGCAACAAUAACAGGCAGGACAGGGUGUUUGCCUGAUGGGAAGACACACAAAGAAGAAACUGGAAGGAAACACACUGAUGUGAACACUGGUCCUAUUGUUUUAUGUUUAAAGACAAGGGACGUCAAUGUGCACACAGCCACACUGCUGACUUCUGCCGAUGGCUUUAUAAGUGCCUGGUCGGUAAAAAGCAAGGGAGGUUUGUUAGGGAAGUUCAGGGCAGUGAAUGAUGAAGAUGCAAUCAUUACCACGAUGUCCACUGAUGUCAAUGAAAAAAUAUUGCUGACUGGGGAUAGUACCGGCAGGAUUUGUCAAUGGGACAUUCAGAGAUUUGGAUUUAAAGAUAAGGCAAACACUGGGCCAUUCGAAGACAUAAGAGGGUGGCGCGUGUCAUUGUGUCCACCUCCUCUUUUGGGCACCUGGCAAUCUCACCUCUCAGGGGUGGUGAGUGUUCAGUUUGAUUCUGAUUGUCAAAAGAUUAUUACUGCAGGGUUGGACUGCAAUAUCCAGCUGUGGAAAAACACAGGUGACCACAUUGGAUUAUUUGGGAAAGAUGAAUGGGAUGCUGAUGCAAAGAAAACUACACAGAAGGUAAGAAGACCAGUGUUAGCAGGGAAGGGAAACCAGUUACCAUUUAAGUAUUUCAGGCCAGAAAGAGAAUUGAAGAAAAAACAGGAAGAUGACCUCGACGACAUAAAUGAUGAACUUCCUUUCCUACCCCGGGAUGAUCUAACUGAUAAAGAGAUGGACCGUAUCUAUAGACGGUUAAUGAAAAUACAACCAAGUAUUGACACAAUACAUGAGAAGUUCAAACAACAACAGUCCAUACGCUCUGCCAAGCAAUGUGAUAGUGUGGUCCAGCAGGAGGCAGAACAAGCUUCUAAAGUGCAGCUCAUGAAUAGUAAAAGUUCAUUCAGACCACACCCGCCUCAGAGCCCGCUCAUCAGUGGCGAGACAGCAGACCCUGAUUUGAAACAGCCUGGAUCUAAAUAUGGCCGUGUGAUCAAGCAUCAGAAUAAAUACCCUUUACAAGGCAGGGUCCUAACACCUUGUCCACCUGACAUCGUGCCAAGCCAGCAGCGGUCUAAGCUAACAACAAAGCAUUCACUCUUGCCAACCAUCCCGAAAGGUGUUCAGCGCGCACAUAAUCAGACCCAGUUCAGGCCACACCCGCCUCAGAGCCCGCUCAUCAGAGGUGGCAGCAGCUUAAAAACAAGCUCUUCCCAGACACCUCGAUUACGUUUACCUCCACUCACUGAGAAAGUACAGCUUACCACACGUAGCCGGCUACAAACACCAUUUCCAAUUACAGGCCAUAAAUUAACCAAAAUCAGGGAUUAAUUUCGGGUUUUCCGGCCGCUACGGUUUCCUCCCGCAUUUAUGUAAAUAGAAAAAAUGCAUCCUUUUAAUUACCUUCUGCAGAUCAAAAUACAUCCUCAAACAUGUAGUUUUACUUUCUCAAAAACAAAAUUAUGGAGAUUUGUAUU